AUGAAAAAGGGUAGUGUGGAAGGAAUUAUACUGAUUUUACUCUGCAGACUUAGAAGUGACCUGGUUAAUCAAGUUCACACUGAUAGGACUGAGUGUGUGUAGCUCAGAGCAGCUCUUCGCCAUGGAGGCUAUGCGAUUGCUGGACAGCUGGAGAAAGGACCUUCAUAUGCCCCAGGGAACCGUGGACAGCUCAGUGGAUAUGGACCAUCUGAACAGGAACAUGCCCAAGUGUGGACGUCAAACGUUGGAGAGCACUCCUCUGGACCUGGUUGAUACUGGAAAGGGGCUGAAGUUUCAAGCAGAGCGCCCCCAUCUGGUCAGCCUAGGAAGUGGACGCCUGAGCACUGCCAUCACCCUGCUGCCACUGCCUGAGGGUCGGACAACACUGGGUCAUGGUCCAACAGACAUCAGCAUCCAGGGCCCUGAGGUGGCAGCCCAGCACUGUUACAUAGAGAACAGGUCAGGGGUCAUCACACUGCACCCUUGUGGGAACCUCUGUGUAAUUGACGGACUCCAGGUCACACAGCCGGUCCGCCUGUCACAAGGCUGUAUGCUGUGUUUUGGCCAGUCAGCCUUCUUCCGCUUCAAUCACCCUGAAGAAGCCUUCAGGAUGAAGAGCAUGAUGCCCCAUGGAAGCAGUGUUCCCACAGCAGACUACCGACUAUGCACAGAUACAGAGAGUCUGGUCAAUGGGAAUCACCAGGCCAGUCCAGCCCAGUCCUGCCCAGUUCCUGGUGACAGAGUCCAGUCUGAGCACAGUGCAAUUGUCAGCUCCAUUGAAAAGGACCUCCAGGAUAUUAUGGACUCUCUAGUCAUGGAUGAUCUACAGUCUUCUUCCUCUGAGGUCAAAAAACCUCCUGGAGGCCAACUUAUCCCCCACUCCCCACUCUCACCAGUAGUCAAUGGAGGGGGUCAAUAUUUGCUGUCCCCUCCCACCAGCCCUGGGGCCAUGUCUGUGGGCUCCAGCUAUGAGAAUACAUCCCCUCCCUUUUCCCCGCUUUCGUCCCCUUCAGCGGCCAGUAGUGGGAGUUUUACCAGCCCAUCUCCAAUUGGAGGACCCCAGGACCAGAGUUCUUCUCUGCCACCAGUGCCUGUACGCUCCUCUAGUUACAACUUCACCACCCAGCCUCCACCUGUACCUCAACCACGGACCAUACUGCCUAACUUCAGCAGUGGUGGGGUGGUCCAGAAGGUUCAGGAAAGCCCCCGGCUGCCAAGGAAAGUCCUAACAGAAACCUCUCCUAGCCCCAAGCUAAGUCGCAGAGGACUCGGCCAAGAUAGGUGUGAGAGUCCACGACAGACCUCACUUCUGUCUUCAGAUGAGUCUCUCAGUAGCAGAAAUACUGUGCCAAGUAGCCCCAGGCUCAUGCCCAAAUUUUCGACCUGUCCAUCUUCUUCACCUUCAAAUCCUUGGACCAAGACCACCACGGUGCUUCAGGAAAGGCCCAGCAGUCCAUUCAGAGAGCAGACGAGUCUAGCUGAUCACUCCCUCACCUCAAGCCCACCCAGACAGCUUUCCCAACCUACCAGAGCCUUCCAGCCUCCCCUGGACCCCAUCGUCCACAUUAUUCAAGGUGCUCCGCUUCAGCAGCAUCCACGUUCACUGCAGCCUCCUGAAAGCCCUCGCAUGGUCAGGAGAAACCUGGAGCUGAACGGGGCGAAUGGAGCAGGUAUCAGUAUGAGAGAGCUGCCACCUCUUAGUCCUUCCAUGGCACGGAGAGGAGUCCCGGUACUCCCAGGAGCCAUCCCAGGGACAAUCCCUGCCUUAAGGACUCCUGACAGCCCCUCCGGUGUGGGCAAGCUAAUCCCGGAGAGCCCUAGACUCCGACGCAAGGCAGGGUCUACAUCAGAGGAGGUGAUAUGCAGUAGGGGGAUGCGAGCCCGCAGUCCAUCACCUACCUUCCAGAUGAUGGAGAGUGGCAGUGGUGCAGGAGUACGUAAGUCAAGCCUUGGGAAUUCACUGUCCCCCGCUUACAGUCUGGGCUCGCUGCCCGGCUCAUCCCCAGCAGCCAGCCCCAGGACUCACAGGAAGAUGUCAGCAGGAAGACCCCACCCUGGGAUGAGGGAGAGGAAGAACAGCAUCACAGAGAUCAGCGAUAACGAGGAUGAGCUGCUAGAGUACCACCGGCGACAGAGAGAGGAGAGGCUCCGAGAACAGGAAAUGGAGAGACUGGAGAGGCAGCGACUAGAGACUAUCCUGAACCUCUGUGCAGAGUACAACAAAGGAGAGGGCACAGGCCUGGACCCCCUUGGCUCAGGGAGAACAGGUUUCCCAGGGAGCCUUGUAGAUGGCACCGGGCGAAGACUGUCCAUGGAAAAUAUCCUAGGAGGGACGCCAGCCUCGGCUGGGCUACGCUUAGUGCAGAGACAGAGGGAGAGUGAUGAGGAGAACCUGAAGGAGGAGUGUAGUAGUACAGAAAGCACUCAUCAGGAGGUGAGGACAUCUCCUGCUUCGAGCACAGCAUCAGCACUGCACAAUGGAGACAGACAGCAUGAGGAGUUGUCCAGUUCUGGUCGUCUGGAGCUCGGCUACCUGGAGGAUGAGCGGGUUCGCGUUCUGGCUCAGAUCGAUGAACUCAAAACCCGACUGACAGAGCUGGAGCAACAACUCCAGGAGUCCAAACAGGAGGCGGAGAUGGAGCGUGCCUUGCUGCAGGGCGAGAGGCAGGCGGAGCUCAACCAAAUCGACGCAGAAACGGACAUCAUCACUCAGCUUCAGCACAAGCUGGAUGAGCUGGAGAGCGCCAUCCAGAGGGAGAAAGACAAGGAGAGGGCUAAUCUUGAGUCUGAGCGCCGGGCCCUGCAGAGCCUUCAGGAGGGCUACGCUGAGCUGAAGAACCAGCUUCAUAACUGCCCCGAGUCCCUGCGUGAACAAUUGCAGGAACAGCUCAAAAGGGACGGAGAGGUGCUUGAAGCAGGAACCAAAAAAUUUGAGGAUCUGGAGUUUCAGCAGCUGGAGAAAGAAAGCAGCUUGGAGGAGGAGAGGGAGACCAUCGGCCAGCAGCUGCUCCAGGAGAGAGCUGAGUACCAUGGCAGUGUGGCCAAGAGGAAGGAGAAGGUGUCUGCUCUGGAGAGCCAGGCCAACCAGCUUGGUCUGCAGGCGUCUCAAGAGUGUGAGCGAAUGGCCAAAGACAGGACCCUCACUCUGCAGAUGCUCCAGAAGGAGAAAGAGAGAUUGUCAGCUCUGGAGAAGAGAUACCACAGCCUAACUGGAGGAAAGAGCUUCCCCAAGUCCUCCACUGCAAUGAGAGAGGAAGCGCUCCAUAUCAGUGAGGCUGACCUGUACUUGGAGGAUGUCCACUCCUCUCAGCAUUCCCUCUGUCGAGCCUCUCCUUCCUACUUACAUCCCUCCCCCUGUCAGUUGUACCCCAGCAGCCCUACAGAGGGGUACAUGAAGCUGUCGGACGUCUAUAAGAUGUACGGCAGAAGUGAAAACAGCAAGCCCGCCUCGCACGGCCACUCAUUUGCCAUAGAUGCUGCAUUAGCUGGCCCCUGUGAGGAGUAUGUGACAGUGGGCCAGUUAAAUCAGAUGUAUGGGAUGCCAAAAGUGGAGUCAUCCCCUACCUCCCCGCUUCGCCAGAACCUGCAGUCUGGAGCCGUUGACCCCGCCUUCUCCUGCCUCCCCUCUCCUCAUGGCUCCUCCCUUUCUCUGUCUGUAGAGUACCAGUCAGAAGGCAUUAGACCUCACCUUCCCAAGAUAGAUUUAGAGCAGAGGUACCAGGAGCUGAUGGCUGGAUCCAGCCAGCUCUGCCCUCCCCCUCUGCCAGCCAAGUUGCUGUCAGGCCACAGGGCUACACUGCAGGUUUUCCGCUCAAAGCUGGACAGCGAUCCUGGAGUACUUCCCCAGCAUAAAAUGGGUUCGGCUUCACCUCUGCUGCAUGGAGCAGCAACACUGGGACGCAACACAAGCUCCAAGCAGAGUCCCCUGCUGGCAGCCAACAGUACCAGCAGUCUUCCCAGGAACCUGGCUGCAACCCUGCAGGACAUCGAGACCAAGAGACAGCUCGCCCUGCAGCAGAAAGAGCCCCAGACCUCCAGACAGCCCAUCAUAGAGGGAAGCUCGGCAGGUCAGCAAGUGAUUGAAGAGCAGCGGCGCCGCUUAGCUGAGCUCAAACAGCGAGCAGCAGCAGAGGCCCAGUGCCAGUGGGAGGCGCUCCAUGGCUCCCAGCCCCACCUCAUCACCUCCUCCUCUCCAUCACCUUCCAACUCCCCAGUCAUGGCCUAUAGCCCAGCGCUCAGCCACAGCUCUGCAGGCCCCCCUCCACUGGUUCACCACUCCAUCCUGCACCACCACCCUCCAUCCGGAGAGCAGCCUUACGACACACUAAGCCUGGAAAGCUCUGACAGCAUGGACACCAGUAUAUCCACUGGGAACAACUCAGCCUGCUCGCCAGAUAACAUGUCCAGUGUUGGCGGAGUGGACACACUGAAGAUUGAAGAGAUGGAGAAAAUGCUGAAAGAGGCACAGCUGGAGAAAGCCAGACUUAUUGAAUCUCGGGAACGAGAGAGUCUCGCUCGCCGUCAGAUGCUGGAGGAGGAGAGGAGGAGAAGGGAGGAGGCAGAGAAAAGACUGCAGGAUGAAACUUUCCACCGGCAGCAGCUCGUGGAGAAGGAGGUCAAGAUGAGGUCCAAGAACUUCUCUCAGGCUCGUCCGAUGACUCGCUACCUGCCCAUUCGCAAGGAGGAGUUCGACCUCCGCUCCCACAUUGAGUCGUCAGGCCACAAUGUGGAAACAUGCUACCAGGUCAUCCUCACAGAGAAGAUGUGCAAGGGCUACCUGGUCAAGAUGGGAGGCAAGAUCAAGUCGUGGAAGAAACGCUGGUUUGUUUUUGACCGACUCAAAAGGACUUUCUCCUACUAUGUUGAUAAACAUGAGACCAAGCUGAAGGGUGUGAUCUACUUCCAGGCGAUAGAAGAGGUCUAUUAUGAUCACCUCCGCAGUGCCACAAAGAGCCCAAACCCCUCCCUGACCUUCUGCGUAAAAACCCACGACCGGCUCUACUACAUGGUGGCCCCUUCAGCAGAGGCCAUGAGAAUCUGGAUGGAUGUGAUCGUGACAGGGGGCUGAGGUACGGAUACACACAGUUUCAUGAACUGAGAAGGAUGGGGGGUGGCGAGCAGAUUGUUUCGGCAGGGACUCUCCCAUCAGGACUCUACAGGUCCUUCCUGUUUUCAGACAAAACGCCUUCCUCAUUAACUUUUCAUUUUUAAUCUCACACUUUUUUUGAUAUUGAUAUUAGAUGUUUCACCUCCACAUUUUCUAUGUGAUUCUGGUCGGAUUGAAAAAGGGAGGACACACAAACACACACAACCUCUGUAUAUAAACCAAAUGUUAUACCUGUCAAAGACUUUUAGAAAGCCUUUCUAUAUUGCCAAAUGAAAAUCUUGUCGUUACUGUUGAACAUUUUGUAUAAUUUGUUUUCUUUGCUUUUUCUUUUUUUUUUUUUUUUUUUUUACAUAUAAUAGAGGAAAUUGCCAAACGACACAAUGCCAAUGUUUUCAUUUCAGUGUCUGUCAUGACUAGGUUUUAAUCAAACAGUGUAAUCACAAUAGAAAAGAUGUAUUCAAAAUGUAUAAAAUCUGUGAGAAUUACAGAGAUGUCAUUUAAUGCAGACUAUGGAAGUCCAGGACACUUAAUGUCUUCAUUGCUGCUCUAGAUUGAAAACACUAAAUUAUGAGCAGUUGUUCAAUCUGAUCAGUCGAAGUAUCCAGUGCUCACUCCUAUUUAUUAUCUCCUUAUUACUACAUACAGGCUUACCAAAGCAACUGGGACAUGUUUUCUGUUAGAUUCUGACCCCACUACAGCUCAAACAGGAGUUCAUUCUGCAGUUCUCACUGCAGUUCAACCAAUAUACUAAGAGGAACACCAAGAGAUGUAUAAUAGCGUUGAAUAUUAGCCAACAAUGUAUCAAAAUAUAAGCACAAAGUGAACAUAUGUUGAAGCAGUGGAGGAGAUAGAUUAUUUAUUUUCUGAGUAGGCCAGUUAACCUUCGUGUGUUAACUAUGCAGCUAGCACCAUUAGUUAGCUUUCUUAGCAUAAAAGAUUGGACAGACUGGGAAUAGAUAAGCUGGCUGGCAAAAAUAAGCAAAAAAGCCAAUAAUUUAACAUUUAUACAUCUGCACUUUUUAAACUUAUGUUAAGCCAACAUAAGCAGAUACCGUAAUUCUGUUCAUUUUAUUUUAAUUCUCCUAGCUUCUGCUAUGCUAACAGUCUCCUAGUGCUAGCUAAAUUAAUUAACCUACAGAAAUGAAAAUGGUCUUGGAACUUUUUUUUUUAAAUCUACUAUUGGUAAGAAAGUAAAUGAAAAUUUUCUUGAGUGUCACUUUAUGGGGAAAAAGCUCCAAAAAUUUUUAUUUUAAAUACUAAUUUCCAUAUCUAAUUUAAUAAAAAAUGUAUUGCCAAGUCAGGGUGAUUUUCCACAGAAGCACUUACACAAUAUUUAUCUGAUUUAUGGUUCCAUUAUGAUUAAUCUCCAAAACUUAACAAAUUAGUAAAUUAAUGCACAAAGGGAAAAAAAGUGACAACAAUCCUCCAAUAUUUAAGUAUCUAAGAGCUAAUAUCCAUGCUCGUGAGAAACCUGUAUUUUGGUCAAACCGUAGAGGCCACAUCCACAGUAUUUUUGUCGACACUUAUUGUAUAUUUCACUGUCUGUAUUUUGCCAUCGUGUUGCCAACUCAAGGUGCAAAAUGCACAUAUACAGUAUGUGUGCACAAACAGAAGAAGUCCAUCUAUUUUGCCAAGUAGCCUUUAGCUAACUGGAUGAUGGAGCGACAACAACUGGAGAGCAGGCAUCAUCACUGCCAGCGUAAAGCAACAACCACUAGAGGGCGCCACAGUGACCAUGUUGACCCAGCACCACAUAAGACCCACUAUACAGAGUAAUGCAAUUCAGAACUGUGCCUUGACUUUGUGUCUUGACUGACACCAUGUCUGCGAGUCCGCCACAGCCUCUCCUGAAGGCUACAACCGUGUGGAUGCAUGUCAUUUCUGUUUCUGAGCUGUAAUGGAAUAUUCAGACUCAUUUGCAUGAGGUUUUCUAAACUAUGGGACGUUUAGCUGUCGCGUUACUGAAGGCCUGCACACUGGGGAUCAAACGCUAUAUGGUUAAACUCAGCAAGAGAAAGGACUUGUUAACAAUGUGUCUUAUGGUAAAACAAAAAAAAAAACAUUUUCCACUUCAUUAUGUCACAAAUGCUGCAUUUUGAAAUAAAUUAUUACAUAUUAUGGUGGUUAUUACAGUACAGUGCAAUAUUUGAUCACCAACCAAAGUGGAUGCCUUCAUUAAUAAAAAUAAUUUUAUUGUUUCGGUUUAUUCUACACAUUCUCACAUCUACCAUCUCAUCUAUUAUUUUAGUUCAGUAGCCUACAUCUGCUCAACUUUAUGCUGACAUAAAAAUUAAUUUGGUCCACGCAUAAAAUAUGUAUUUACACAAUGUAGGAAAGUGUACACAUGUUCAAGCUGUGUAAGUGAACCAGUAUUAUAUAUAGGGGAUUUAUUACAUAAUGAAGUGAAAAGGUGUUGCAUAAUGCUGUGUUUAUAUGUAACCCACUAUUAAACACUGAAUCGCUCUAUCAGAGCUUGGUUGAAAUUACACCCAGUUUGGUAUCAGCACUGGAGAUGACCGGAAACUAUACCUUAAAAAUUAAAGUCACAAGAUGUUUUGCUCAUCAAACAUAUAUUUUUAAAGAGGUUUUGUCAAGUCUGACUUUUGACCAAUUGGUAGAAUUUAUCAAUUUGUGAGGAUUAAUAAAAAGAUGUAUUUAGAUGCAUUAUGGGAAAUGUCGGAUUUAGUGUUUUGGAACACUAAGUUUCUGAAAUAAUGUCUUAGAAUCAGAGAGUAAUUAAGCAUUAUAAUAUGGAAUGUGCAAAAGAAAUGUCAGUUUAUUGCAUUUUGUACAUUCCGUAAUGAAAUGAAGUGGAAGGGCCCAUUCAAAGUUCAUUAGCCUAUUUCUUCUCUUCCUGCUCUGAAUCCCCACUGUGACCCGAGGCCUUCAUGCAUGAUCGUGGAUAAAAAAAAUCUUGUAUCUGGAGCUUUAACACUGUACCAGACCAGAGACACUCCUGGUGUCUUCGCUGUGUUGAUGAUCACAUUGUGAAUCUAUGGAUUAGUCUGUGAAUGUGACAGUGUUUAGUUCAUUAACAGGGGCCAGAUACAGAUUGUUUGUGUGUUUAGUAGCAGAGGACAGACUACGCUGUGAGGUUGUUUUUUAUUUUUAUUUUUUUGGCGCAGGUGGAACUGCUGAGUUUCAUGUGUUGUAAAGUAAUGAUAAUUUAUGGUUGUUGUGCCUGAGAUAGUGACACGUUUACUUCAAAAAAAAAAAAAAAAAAAAAA